GGCCUACAGCCUCGGCCCCGCUCUGUACGAGCCCCAGAACACCGCCAGCUCCGCUCUGCUUUCAACGCCCUCUUCCCGAUUGCGCCUUCUGCCCCGCCUCUCAAUGGGUCACGUGUUCUGGCGCGCUCCGCUGCGCUUCCGGCUCGCUUCCGGCUCGUGUGAAGAAAUGAAUCGAGGAAUGAUGCUGAAAUUGGAAAACCUGGUCCACUUACAUUGUGCUUGCAGACAGCUGCAUAGUCUUUCUUACAGGAAAAUUCACAGAACACAGUGGAAGCCUCUGCGGUCAUCCACAUACCCCAUGCGGCCAGUUCAGCUGCACCCACAGCUCUGGCAAACAGACACAUUCACCAGUGUUGCACUCUCACAAUAUAGGCUUUUAGCUACAAAGGAGUUCCUAUCAUCCUUGCCAUAAACAAAUGUGACAAACCUGAAGCUGAUCCUGAAAGAGUGAAGAAAGAAUUGCUGGCUCAUGAUGUGGUUUGUGAAGAGUAUGGGGGUGAUGUUCAGGCUGUACAUAUGUCUGCACUUAAGGGUGACAACCUGAUGGCUUUAGCAGAGGCAACUGUUGCUCUAGCAGAGGUGUUGGAACUGAAGGCAGACUCCACAGGCCUAGUAGAGGGAACCAUAAUAGAAUCUCGCACAGAUCAAGGAAGAGGUCCAGUAACCACGGCCAUAGUCCAGAGAGGAACUCUGAGAAAAGGAUGUAUUCUGGUUGCAGGUAAAAGCUGGGCAAAAGUGCGCCUGAUGUUUGAUGAGAAUGGCAAAACAGUAGAUGAAGCAACUCCCAGCAUGCCGGUAGAAAUUGUGGGCUGGAAGGAAGUCCCUUCAGCAGGAGCUGAAAUCCUUGAAGUAGAAUCUGAGCAAAGGGCACAUGAAGUUGUUGACUGGAGAAACUAUGCUGAACAACAGGAGAAAAUCAAACAGGAUAUGGAAGUUAUUGAAACAAAGCAAAAGGAACACAAAGAUGCAUACAAGAAAGAACGAGAGAGCCUAUCCAAUCUGACCUGGAGACAGAGAAAAGCAGCAUUGUAUAAAACCAACAAACAUCUAAUAGCUAUGAGGUCUAAAGAGAGAGUGGAGAGUGACAGAAACGUGCUACUUGUAAUUGUUAAAGGUGAUGUACACGGUUCCACUGAGGCCAUUCUAAACAUUCUGGACAGCUAUAAUGCCGACGAUGAAUGUGAAUUGGAUGUGAUCCAUUUUGGAGUAGGGGAUGUCAGUGAAAAUGACAUAAAUCUUGCUGAAACAUUUAAGGGUGUCAUAUAUGGAUUCAAUGUGAAUGCAAACAAAUCUAUUCAGCAGCUGGCUGCUAAAAAGGGAAUAAAGAUUAAAUUUCACAAUAUUAUCUACCAUCUUAUUGACGAUUUGAAAGAUGAGUUGAGCAGCAAAUUGCCCCCAUCUGUAGAAGAACAUAUAAUAGGGGAGGCCUCUGUUCUCACUACCUUCUGUGUCACAGUAGGAAAAAGCAAGGUUCCAGUGGCUGGCUGCCGAGUACAGAAGGGGCAGUUUGACAGAAAGUUGAAGUUUAAACUAAUUCGUAACAGAGAUGUUAUUUGGAAAGGAUUUUUAACUUCACUGAAGCACCAUAAAGACGAUGUCCAGGUAAUAAAAACUGGCAUGGAUUGUGGCCUCAGUUUGGAUAAGAACAUAGAGUUCAAUAUUGGAGAUGAAAUUAUCUGCUAUGAAGAAAAGAAAGUUGAACGGACAAUUUCAUGGGAUUCAGGAUUUUAAAUAAUUUUAUUUCACUUGAAUGUGAUGGAGAAAAGGCCUUGCAUUAUUCCUGAUCAUCUUUACAGAAUGUUCUCAUAUUAAAGACACUUACAAAGUG